AUGCCGAGCCUGCGGUUCUUCAUUGCGGAGAACAUCUUCGGCUCGGACUUCGGGUUCAGAUUCGGCGCUUUCUUAGAGGCCGCGCGGGUCCACGAUGCCGAAGAGGACACGCAGCCCAUCCAGUCCCAGCGGAGCAUGCAGGACAAGGCGCCUGCGGACCGCUUGCGAACGCCUCCGAGGAGGAUCAGGGUUGGGGGUCAGUGGCUGCCGAAGCCCCCACCGCCGGUGCGAAAGAAGACUCCGUGGCGUCAGGUGGAGUCGUCCAAGCCUGCUGCGGACAAGAAGGAGGGCGCCAAGGUGCUCAAGAAGAAGAAGGAGAAAAAGAAAAAGAAGAAGAAGCUGAAGGACCAGUCGCUUCGCACCCCUUUCGCGAACCUCAAGGGGCAUAUCGACGGGUCUCAGGAGUGGAAGCUCAAGGACGCCAAGAUCGAGAAGUGGAACUGCGAGGACUGCGCCAAGAGGCUGAACAAGAGGGUGGUGCUCUUCGGCUUCAGGGUGCAGUGCCCGUUCUGCUUCAGGCCGCCACCGUCACCCAUCAGGGAGAAGCAGAUGGCGGCCAUCCGCAAGGCCAACAGGGAGGAGUUCGAGCGCUCGAAGCCUCCCAAGAAACAGCUGGUGUCGGCCACGGCUGCGAGUUCUUCGACCUGUCCGAAGGUGACGGUGCGGAAGAACUCUUUCCUCAAGAAGUUCAAGCUGCAACGCAGGUUCCUGGGGAAGCAGGCCACGGCGAUGGAGCUCAGCGAGCCGACGGAGGAGGAGCUGCUGAACACGGCGGACAAGGGCUCGCAGCUGGAGCACAUCGAUGCAAUGGCCAGCAAGCAGCAGACGACCAAGGACAACCUGCAGGAGUUGAUCCAGUCGCUGCAGCCCGCCCUGCACAUGGGCACGGAGGAGGCGCGCCACAGGGUGAAGGCGCCCAUCCAACAGGCCGAGACGUCCCUGUCCAGCGCGGAGGAGAGCCUGGUGCGGCUCAGGCGCCUGAGGACCCUGGUGGAGGCGGGGGGCGACCUGGAGUUCUCAUUGGAGGACUUCCUUGAGGGCAGGAGGCUCCAGGACGCGCUCGACGCAGCCAGCACGCCUGAGGCCAUGCGCAUGGCGCUGCUGGCCAUCAAGUCGUUCGUGUUCAGGCUCUCGCUCGCCCAGGCGUCCCAGUAG